AUGUACAAAGCCGUCAUCCUGCCGACGCUACUGUACGGAGCGGAGACCUGGACGGUGUACACGAGGCAGGCACGUCGACUAAACCACUUCCACCUCAGCUGUCUUCGUCGCAUCCUGAGGCUGAACUGGCAGGACCGCAUCCCCGACACCGAAGUGCUGGAACGGACGGGAAUUCUGAGCAUCUACUCCAUGUUGAGACAAAUGCAGCUGCGCUGGAGCGGCCAUCUGGUGCGCAUGGACGACGAGCGACUACCCAAACGACUCUUCUACGGAGACGUCGCGACGGGUUCUCGUCGUCAAGGAGGCCAAAUUCGCCGUUACAAAGAUACUCUGAAGUCCUCCCUGAAGCGCCUGCACAUCAACCCGACCAACUGGGAAGAGCUCGCCCGCGAUCGUCCGACAUGGAGGAGAACAGUGAAGACGGGCGCUGCUAUCUACGAACCCAACCGCAUCGCCGUCGCCAAAGUGAAACGCGAAGUCCGCAAAUCACAACUUCGCCCAAUAAGCAACGCCGCCGCACAACCUCUCCCUACGUGUCCUCGAUGUCAACGGACAUUCCGGGCACGAAUCGGACUUGUUGGACAUCUUCGAACCAACUGCACCUCUCGAACUGCUCCAGCCAUCGUCCCCGCGCCCGCCUCUUCCUCGUCCUCUCUUCCGCCAACUAACUCUGUCACUUCUUCUGCACCACCACUUCCAUCCUCCUCCUUCUCCUCCACUGCAUUAGCGGUGGCCGUUCAGGCUGCCGUCUCACACAUCGCCAACCACGACACAGCAACCGCAACCACCCCCACCUGCCCUCACUGCCACCGCACCUUCACCUCUCGCAUCGGCCUGGUCGGUCACUUGCGAAUCCAUCGCACAGAGACUGGUGAACCAGUGCCUGGAGCACCAACCUACACCCACCGCACUCGCCUCCACUGCCCACACUGCCCUCGCAUCUUCACGCAUCGCAUGGGUCUAUUCGGCCACAUGCGCAUCCACAACGACCUGCGGUAG